GUUCGAUCGAUAGCAUACUCUCAGCAUGCCCCGGAUAUCAAGCGCCUCCUCUAACCGCGCAAGGUUCACGCCGUUCUCCGCCGCUUCGCCCGCUUCCAGUGAAGAUACCCUAGCGUCGGGGCACGUGCGUCGGACUUCAAAUCCCCGUCGUGACAGUCGUAGUUCCCGAUCUAGUCAUGCGGGAACUGUAUCCCGAGAGACUGAUGGAUCGGAUCGCGACGAAUCAUCGCCACGGCCGCAGUCCGCGCCGACGAUCACGCAUCUGUUCAUCAACAAUUCGCGAGUCAUGUCUAGGUCGCAGAAUUGGACCAAUGUUCUGGAUCCAGUUUCACAACGUCUACUCUGUAGGGUUCCGGGGAGUACCCUUCAGGAAGUACAGAAAGCUGUUGAGGCUGCGCAGGAUGCUCAGCCUGGCUGGGCUGGGAUGGGGUUCCAGAUUAGGCGUGAGCAUCUGUUGAGACUUGUGGAUGUAUUGAGACAGAUGUCUCCAGAGAUUGUCACCUGUUUGUCUCGGGAAGUUGGCAAGACAUUAGCCGAUGCGGAUGCAGAAGUCUUUCGCGGUUUAGACUGUAUACACGCCGCAUGUUCGAUUGGGCCUGAAAUGGCCGGUAUGUUUCUGGGAGGUGAUGCGACAUUGCUUCAAACCUUCUACGAGCCGGUGGGCGUAUGCGUGUCAAUUACUCCCUUCAGCUUUCCCUUCAUGAUUCCGUUAUGGUCUCUACCGUAUGCGCUCAUUACCGGUAACACCGUCAUCCUGAAGCCAUCCGAAAAGACGCCAACAACAUCCUCUUUGCUAGCUGCAGCAUUCUUGAAGACCGGCUUUCCUCCGGGAGUUUUCAAUGUUCUUCACGGUGGGCCAUCCACCGUCCAGAUGCUGGUUAGUCAACCAUCCGUCCAAGCGGUAAGCUUCGUCGGCUCCGAAUCUGCCGCCCGGCAGGUCCAUGAUCUUGCAAGGGCCGCAGGAAAGCGAAUUCAAGCAGAGUGCGGAGGCAAGAAUCAUGGCGUUGUGCUAGAGGACGCCAAUAUGAUGCCGACGCUUUUUGCAAUCGCAGGAAGUGCCUUUGGCGCUGCGGGUCAGCGAUGCAUGGCACUGAGCGUGGCAGUGUUUGUUGGUCCAACGAGGGAAUGGAUCCCUAAGCUGGUGGAGCUGGCGCAGUCAAUGGUGGUAGGGUGUGGAGGGGAUCAAGAAUCCAAGAUCGGGCCCUUGAUAGAUGCAGCUGCUAAGACAAAGGUCGGUGAGAUGAUACAGCGAGCGAUUGAGGAGAGAGCAACGGUUCUUCUGGAUGGUCGGGAUAUUGAGGUCCCGGGCUAUCCAGAUGGGAAUUUCAUGGGUCCCACCAUACUCUCGGGGGUGGAGACGUAUAUGGAAUGCUAUCAGGCGGAGAUCUUUGGGCCGGUGCUCAUCUGCAUGGAAGUCGACACGCUUGAGGAAGCCAUCGAUCUAAUCAAUCAAAACAAGUAUGGUAACGGGUGCUCCAUCUUCACGACGAGUGGAAAGCAUGCAAAUACAUUUCAACGCUGUGUCAAUGUCGGACAGAUCGGCGUUAACAUCCCCUUGAUAGCGCCGUAUGGAACCGCUGUCCGAACAAGCAAUAAGGAUUCUUUCCUGGGUGACCGACAUACUCCCGGAAAGACAUAUUGGCCAUUUUUUACGACAACAAAGACGGUGUCGUCUCGCUGGGAUCAAUAGUAGAGAUAGGACUCAAUGGUGGACAUGCAGGCAUGAUGAAAAUUGUAGAGCGUGAUGCCUGAGAUAUGCGCUGCUAUGGUUUCAUUCGAUAUGAUGAAAGAUCUAGAGCGAGCGGG